AUGACCAUGGGCCCCUCAUGCGGACGGGUUGGCUUUCGAGAAUUCGAUGAGGACGAUCUCGAAUCCUACCUGGAAGGUUCAUUGUGGUCAGAAAGGCCUUGUGAGGCUGAGGCUUACGGGAUUCACGACGGAAGAAUCAUCACCGUAUUUCCGUGUACAUCAUCUGAUCAUCUGAAUGGAAAUCCGUAUUCUGCAUUGGAAACAAUUUUCACCACACGUCACCCCAGCUCUACACAGACCUACCACGACCAUUCUGCGCAGGAUACCCGAUCUUCAUACCGUGACUCUCGCAUCGACAGUAAAGGCGUUACAGUCGUAUCUCGCCCUGGAUCUCCUGGACCCGUUGCUGGUGCUGGUGAUGUUAUCAACACUCCACAUGGAUUCACAAUUCAACUGGACGUUAAGCUCUUCAGACCGGAACAAAUUAAGAUUGUGUUGACGGAGGACCUACUCUGUGUGAGCGGUGAACGAAUAGAAGUCGGUGCUGGAGGACAGACUCUAAAACGGUCGUUUGCAAGAAAAUACUGCAUACCGCCGGACAUCCACCUUGAUUCCGUUAGAAGUCACCUGGAUCAUAACGGAGUCCUCAUAAUAAACGGUUCACGACGUGGUUGGAGGGAGACGCAUAUCAACAUUCAUCCGCACGGUUAUGGAGAUCGUAGAAGCAAUUCGCUGAUCAGCACUGUCUGA